AUACAUUCAACUAACAGAAAUCAACUUUGUCACCAUAUCCAUACACAUUUCUGCAUAGUGUCGAUGCCAUGAUCAGAUCGUGUGGUCGCCCUAGAAAUGUGCGGUCAUUCCACACCAGUUGCUCGAGAUUCCGAUCGCCUAUAAGGCAGUUCGCGAGCGAUGCAACCAGUCGGGAUACCGGUGGACGAAAAGGAGUCCGGCUCCCAACACUUGAUGAGUGGAUACAGAGGGAACGUGCUAUUUCACUCUGGAGAGAUAUUGUGAGAGCGAUAAACGAGGUUCCAUCGAAAUCGACUAGACAAGAACUACGUGAAUUUGCUAGAGGCGAAUUCGAGCGCCAUAGAUAUGUCACGGAUAUUGGACAUAUUAGGUACUUGAUAUCUACCGGGAAAACGGAGUUUGAUCAUAUGAAACGUUACGUCGAAGAGCAGGCUCGAUGACGCUGAGUAUAAAUAUGAGCCAUCCGCAGGUGGAAUCCUCGCUUUGCGACCUGCCCGAAGUCAGUUAUAUCAAAUUCACGCUGUCGCUUUUAAGGAACGAAAGACCGUUCUUUCAAGCGGUAGAGAGCAAUGCCAAUCCCCUUGGAAAACCGAUGGCAAAA